ACAUGUUGUGCAAGCUGAGAAAGAAAGUUUGUAAAGAUAUUGUCCCGGUUGCGGAUCAUCUGCAAGAAAAAUAUGUAUGAUCAAUUAUAAUUAGGUGAUAUGUUUUGAUUCUUCUAUCUGUGUGAUGAAUAGACAAUGUUUUAUCCUUUAUAGCUGAUUAUAUUCCCUCAUGCACCAAACUUUCUUGUACGGCGAUUACAGUAUGGUCAAUUUUCAACAUCUUCAAUUGCAACAAUGAACAACACUAAUAGUCACUAUGUUAAAAUCGCAUUUGUGGCAUACGAAUAACUUCUGUAUUAAAAAACAUGGAUAUGUCAUUGAUGAUGUCUUGAUAGUAUACACCGAUUAAAUCAAAAUUAAUAUUCUCAAUCAAAAUGAAGCAAUGUGUAUGUCCAAAUUCAAAUGUUGAAGUUCUAAAAACUUUGCAUUCUUGAACUGAUGCAGUAUACAUAGGUGUCAUUAAAUGAAGAAUUUGAGCAUGUUGUUACAUGUUAGCAUUUUAAUCGCAUAUCAAGUGUAUGUAUGAACUGUUGUCGCAAAUACAAGCUGCUGACCUUGGCAUGGAUGAAUAUAUUAUAAAUCUUUUACACCGUUGAAUUGUUUCACAUGGAAAUAAUGUAAGCACAGAUCAUCAAAAUAAAAAUACAGUUAUUUGCAUAAGAAGGUUGUAAUAUAAUAAACCACAAUUUAUACAUAUUAUCAUUAAGAGAACAAUGGUCAGGUGAAAAUUUAUGGAUGAUGAAAUAGUUUGCAACUAGGUACAGUCCUGUUCAUAUAUAUACGCACUAUAUAUAUAUUAAAAUAUAGGUCACAUUGCAAGAGUUUGAGUAAGCUCAAGCUAAUAUACACAGAAGGAAGAUUCAUAUAUAUAUAUAUAUAUAUCAGUACUGUAUAUGUUAACCAUUGAAGUAUAUAUGUAAAACUCAUUUCAUGUGAUUUCAUCAUUUUGAAAAAUUAGGUUAAUAUAACAUGUGAAUAACGCGUUAGUAUAUCAAGUGUUUUGAUAUUGCUUAACUGUAGAGACAUGGUUCAUAUGGCUAGUACAUUUCAGUUUGGAUGAAAUAACUAAAGGAAGUUGUAUGAAUUCUUGUUGAGAAGUUUGGUUCUAUCUGAAUAUGAGAUUUAUAAUGACAUUGUGUUAUGACAUAAAAGAAGUUUAUUGGAUAUAAAAUUGUUCACAGAGUGAUAUAUCAUCAAGAUGUGAAGACUUGGGAUCUACAAAGUUUUCCAAAAUGUAAAGCAAAAGAUUCUUCAAAAUGUUACAUAUACAAUUGUGGUCAGUGAUAAGUGUAUAGUGUAUUCACAAAUUGAUGAAGAAAAUUAUUGAGAAUCGAACCAGACAGUACAUGACAUUUAAAUAAAUAAUUAUAAUUCUAUAAGUGUAUCAUUGAAAACAAAUCACCAUGGCAGCAGCAGUAGAGAUGGAAAAUGGUGUCAGCAGGGCAGAUAAUCUGUUCUCCCCAGAUGAGCAAGAUGUGGAGAUGGCAGCAGAAAUGGCGUCAUUGUCAUUAAAGACAGUGCUAGUGAGUCCAACCAGUGAGGAGUUUGAGGUGCUGAUGGAGACAAUCCAGGAGAGAAUCAUAGAAGGACAGGGGGAAACCAUAUAUGAAAUAGGAACUGGAGAUGGUGGAGCACCAGGUCUGUCAGAAGAAGACAUGCAAGCCUCCAUAGCGACACUAACCAGUAUUGCCCAGCCACAGAAUCUUGAGAUGGUCAAGCUAAGAGAGAGGAAAGAAGCAGGGGGUAUUGUAGUUGAAUUCCUCCUCAGAAAAACCCUGGAACCUGAGGAUUUCAUGGAAGUCCGGGUGGCAGUUGUAGGGAAUGUGGAUGCAGGAAAAAGCACAUUACUAGGUGUACUCACACACGGAGAGUUAGACAAUGGUCGUGGUAUGGCUAGGCAGAGACUUUUCCGACACAAACAUGAGAUGGAAUCUGGGAGGACCAGCAGUGUUGGGAAUGAUAUCCUUGGGUUUGACUCUGUCGGGAAGGUUGUCAACAAGCCUGAUCAUGGCCACUUGGACUGGGUUAAAAUAUGUGAACAGGCAUCAAAGGUGGUAACAUUCAUUGAUCUCGCUGGACAUGAGAAAUAUCUGAAGACAACAGUAUUUGGAAUGACUGGACAUGCACCUGACUUUGCCAUGUUGAUGAUUGGAGCCAAUGCUGGAGUGAUAGGAAUGACUAAGGAACAUCUUGGUCUGGCCCUGGCACUUAGUGUGCCCGUUUUUGUUGUUGUCACAAAGAUAGACAUGUGUCCAGCCAAUGUCCUUCAGGAAACACUCAAGAUGUUGCAAAGAAUUCUCAAGUCUCCUGGCUGUAGAAAGAUCCCUGUCCUGGUACAGAAUCAGGAUGAUGUUGUGUGUUCAGCAACAAACUUCACAUCAGAAAGGAUGUGUCCUAUAUUUCAAGUUUCCAAUGUGUCUGGAGAAAACCUGGACUUAUUAAAGAUGUUUAUGAACCUGCUGACCACUAGAGUGAAAUGUCAUCCGACAGAACCAGCUGAGUUUCAGAUAGAUGAUACAUUCUCUGUUCCUGGAGUGGGAACGGUGGUGUCUGGAACACUUCUACAGGGACAGAUCAGGCUGAAUGACUCGGUAUUACUAGGUCCAGAUGCUCUCGGACACUUUCAGCCAAUUGUCAUCAAAAGUAUCCACAGAAAGAGGAUGGCAGUGCGUGAAGUCAGAGGCGGGCAAACUGCAUCUUUUGCUCUCAAAAAGAUCAAAAGAUCCUCUAUACGUAAAGGAAUGGUGCUGAUCUCUCCAAGACUAGAACCAAAAGCCUGCUGGGAAUUUGAGUCGGAGAUAUUGGUGCUGCACCAUCCUACCACGAUAUCAGUCCGCUACCAGGCCAUGGUCCACGUUGGUAGUGUACGACAGACAGCAACCAUAAUAAGCAUGACCAGUGAACACCUGAGAACGGGUGACAAAGCCAUUGUGAGGUUUAGAUUUAUCAAAAACCCGGAAUACCUCAAGACAGACAUGAAAAUGGUGUUCAGAGAAGGCCGCACUAAAGCUAUUGGAAACAUUUGUAAACUGUAUCCCCAUGUGAGUGCAGUGGCACAGAACACUCGACAGCACCGGGCAGCAAAGAAGGCCCAGGAGGCCAAUCACCAGUCACACCCAGCCAAUGAGCCACAGAAACCAAGUAAGAGGAGGCGAUCCCGAGGGGGAACAGCUCGGGUACCACAGCCAUCAAUAGCAGAGCAGGGUGAGGCUAGCUCCUCCCUAAUACAGAGGUCUCCCCCUGGCAGUGCAGUGACAGUCGCAUCAUAACUUUGUGUGGUGUGCCACACAUCAUUUUAUGUGUCAUUCUCCGGUUGGAGCAGAAGCAUGGUCUUCAUUAAGUUUACCAGCCAGAUGUGUUAGUUUAUACCAAAUAUAAUAUUGUGCUUGAGCAUUUAACAAAAUGUGGAACAAGAAACUGGUUUGCCCCAUUACAUGAUGUGCUGACACUGGAACUCAAGAUGUUUGUUUCCAUUGCAUCACUCCAUUCUAUCAUCCUUUAACCAUUUUGAUAUAUUAAUUUAUUUUUGUUUGUAAAAAUCGUCAAACAAGUAAAAUAAUUUUGUGUGACAUCAUUUUGAUAUGAAAUGCAUAUUGAAUUCAGCUUUCUUUCAUUUCUAUAAUCAUUUCAAAAUGAAAACAAGACAGCACAAACAAGUAUUGUGAUAAACACAAUGGAUAGGGCAGUUAACCUGGAUACAAACUAGGAAAUUAAUUUUAAAUGUUCAAAAGAUUUGUUUAAAGUUUUCCUGAAAUGACACUGCAUGUUGAGUUUAAUAGAAUAUUUUUAAAUAAGGAAUGAAUUGUAGUAGAAUCGAGAGCUUCACUUUAAAUGUGGCUGCGCUGAUGAUAUUUUAAUAUUUUGAGUUUUUAAAAAUUAUUUUAAAAUCUCUGUGUUUUGUUUUUAUGAUUUUUUUCUUUCAAAACAAGGGUAGUUAACUUUUGUCACAAAAACUAUUGAUUAACGUUCCUCUUAAGUUUGUCAUUACCCAAUAUAAAAGUUUCUGUAAUUUGAUAAACACUGCCAAAGAAAUGUGAUGUCAAUAUUGGGACUUAAUUUGGAUUUGUACAAAGGAUAAAAUAAAUAUAAAUAGAUUAAAUACUUGUGUUACUGCCCUUUUUCAGCUUAUUAAAAGGUUUCUCAGUUCCACUACACAGGAACUAACUAGUAUUUCUUGGUGGUGGGUGAUGUAUUUGUUUUAUCACAGUAAUGAGGGCAUUAAUAAAAUUCCUAGUCUAGGGGAGACAUUUUCAUCAGUCUUUUAUAUUACGUGGUUCGGUAUUAUCCUAUAUAAACUGGAGAUGUGAACUACUUCAAUCCUUACGCAGCAGCUAUAAUGUACUAUUGAACCUGCCCGAAGCCAUCUCGUAUUUGUAAUAACCUGUCUAUAUAUGUUGCGUUUAUAGACAGGUUUUACAGUUUGUCUCGAUCCGUAUAGGGUGAUGUAGGUGUCAGUUUUUCAGCCACGCGUGCACCCAUUCUUACCUUGACUGUUGUGAAAGACUUUAAAACUCCAUAAAACUAAAACAAUUGCAGCUAUACAAGUGUCAUCCCACCAGCACAUUUUCUGUUGAGUGGGAUAUUUCAGAGUGAUUAUAUGAGAAUGCAUGCCAUGGAACUUUGAACAAUCGUCAUUGUGUUAAACUUUAAGUGAGAUAUACAUUUGUUAGUGUCGAUUUGUGAAAAGUUUUUUUUUUGUAAACAUACUUUUUUUUGGUAAUUAAAGGAAAAAUAAAAUGUGUUGAAAAUA